UGAGUUUUAUCUUUGAUGCUAUCCACACGUCAAAGUACACGUACCUAUAUUUAUUUAUAUAAGCCGUUUCUGCAAAGCUUCUGAUGCAGAUUUCAUCGAUCUCAGUCAUGAGAUUCCGCUCCAUACAACUUCUCAAUGCCAAUGGCAAGUACGUGUCAGGAAACAACACCAAGAGUGUUGUUGCUAUUUUGCUUCCAUUCGCUGUGCUUCUCAUCAUGUUAACGUUUUCUAGAAACUCUCAUAAUUAUUUUUCCUCUCCUGAGAUAUAUGCCACCAGCAGUAGUUUGGAUUUUAACGUCACCACGGAGAUGAAAACAUGCAACGUCUUCUCUGGAGAGUGGGUUCCGUACAGUGAAGGACCUUAUUACGACAAUGAGACUUGCAAUUUGAUAAUUGAUCAGCAAAACUGCAUCAAGUUUGGGAGACCUGACAGAGAGUUCCUCAAAUGGAGGUGGAAGCCCCAUGAGUGCGAGCUUCCACUCUUUGAUGCUACCCUUUUCUUGAAGCUUGUCACUGGAAAAUCCAUGGCCUUUGUUGGUGACUCUGUCGGGAGAAAUCAAAUGAAUUCUUUGUUGUGCCUCCUAAAUCAUGUUGCUCGUCCUGAGGAUAUUUCCAAUAGAUACAGUACAGAUCCCAUAUAUUUCCGACGGUGGUUCUAUGGCGAUUACAAUUUUACCCUCGUAACACUAUGGUCCCCAUUUUUGGUGAGGACCAGCGAUGCUGACCUUAAUGGUCAUUCUGACAACAGCCUCUUGAUGAACCUGUAUCUAGAUAAGGCAGAUGAAUCAUGGACAAGUGAGGUUAAAAACUUCGACUUUGUCAUCAUUUCAGCUGGCCAAUGGUUCUUUCGGCCACUAAUGUUCUACGAAAAAGGCCAACAAGUAGGGUGCCACAAGUGCCAGCAGAAGAAUAUCACAGACCUUAGUCACUACUAUGGAUACAGAAAAGCCUUCCGAACUGCAUUGAGAACCAUAGCGAGUCUCAAAGGGUACAAGGGGGUGACAUUUUUGAGAACAUUCUCUCCAGCACACUUUGAGAACGCUGAGUGGAACAAAGGAGGUAGUUGCGAGAGGACAAGGCCUUACAGCAAGGAAGAUGUUGAGUUUGAUGGCUACAUUUUUGAGAUGUAUGCGACUCAAGUGGAGGAGUUUAGAGUAGCUGAAAAGAAAGCAAAGAAGAGGGGUUUGAAAUUUUUGAUGAUGAAUACCACUGAAAUUAUGCUGCGGAGGCCUGAUGGACAUCCUAAUAACUAUGUCUAUGGACGUAAAAUGAAUAAUAAUAAUAAUGUGACGAUUCAUAGUGAUUGUGUUCAUUGGUGCUUGCCAGGUCCUAUUGAUGCAUGGAAUGAGUUUUUGUUGUAUAUGUUGAAAAUGGAAAGUCAGAAAUCGUUCAUUUCAUCGUUACAGAGAUUUGUAUAGGGCAUUAGAUCUGUCACAUGUUAGACACUUGAAACAUUUGUUUUAGGUUGCCAUGGUAAAUUAAAGUAUAAUGUAUUUAAUUAGGUACAAUUGACUAUUGAUUCCUGAAGAAAAUGUAAAGCAAUUUGUGGGGACAUGUAUUUUUUU